CUCCUUUUCAGGCGCUUCAUUCUCGUACUCGUACUCUACAGCCCCGCCAACAACUGAGGAAGGUGGAGUUCCUGUUGUCCCCAUCGUUCCAAUCCCCAUACCUAUUGCACCAGUUGCACCAGUCCCCCCGAUCGUACCCCCAGUCGGUGGUGGUGGCGGCGGAAAUGGCGGUGAUAAUGGCAACAACGGCGAGAACUCGAAGCCUGCGGAAUUAAAUCCUCCGAAGACCUCAGAGCCUCCAUCCUCUCCUACGUCGCUUCCACCUACAUCGUCCUCGAGGCCAUCGCCUACCUCAUCGGAACUAGCCACCCGAUGUUCUUCCAAACCACCAUUGUCAGUGCCCACUGGAGGCGAUGCAUCACCAGAUAGAGAUGGGUUUCCUCAGGCAGUAUACGACGGUCUUGCCGCGGAAGCGCGUAGCACGAGCAGAGCGAGCAGCUCGAGCUCUACAUCCUCGCCACUCAUGGUUAUCACUGACGUGCCCGAACCUGAGACAACCGUUGAGGUGACGCCUACUGCUACAUCUACUGCCGCUCCCGUCAACCCCGUUGCUUGCUACAACUUUGACAUUGAUGCCUAUGGAUACUGUUGUCCUGGCCCGGGUAACCCAUGUGAGAAGGAUCUUGGAAAGUGCUAUUUCAACGGAGAGGGCGUCUCUGGUCGUGCGAGUGGAAUCGUGCCGGACGGAGCGCGCUGCCCGUCUCCUCCUGGUGCUGAAUACCGCAGAGGUCCUUGCGAGGAGUAGUGUUAUCAAG